AUGUCUUCUGAGCCGCCGGAGCAGCAUGGCUCCAAGAGGCGCCGCCGCCCGGCCAAGAGCUGCGACGCCUGCCGGGCGCGCAAGGUGCGGUGCGACCAGAAGACGCCGUGCGGCCCUUGCACGAAAUCCCGUUCGGCCCCGAAGUGCGUCUACGGGCCAGAGACUGUCCGUUUGUUGUCGCCGGACCCGACUCCCGAGGAGAGUGGCCCAGUCGUCGGUGCAGUGUCUCAUCUCUCCGACGCACACCGUCAACCCGCAUCAACAGCAUCAGACACCGCAGACUUGGAGGAUCUUCGAAGACAGCUUACCUACUUGCAACGUCGUAUAGAUAAUCUCGAGUCCAAAGUAGAAGUUAGGGCGGCGAAUAUCAUCUCUGCGCCGGCCCCUGGUCUUCGUGUCGCGCCUUUAGCGCCGAAGCUGCGGCAGACGGCAGACAAGAACAGGCUUUUUGGCGCGAACCACUGGAUUCACACUGUAAAGCAUAUUUAUGCCGGACAUAUUGGCGCAAAAGAUGUCGAGUUGACCUUUAAAACACCUAAAGUUAACUUUACGAAGAUACGGCAAGAUAUGACUAAGCUCUAG